AUGCAUGUGAAACAAACUAAAGACGACAUGUCUCAGCAACAAUUUCCUAACCGCUGGUGUAAUCAAAGGCACAAAAAGUUUGUUACUUGGUACUUGACAAAUAUGCACGGGUUUACUCUCCGUCCAACACCACACAGCCACCUCUUCUGUCUCCGUUGCCUGUCUCCAAGAUCUCUUCUUUACCUACAAAAUAAAGCAAAACUAUCAAUACCCAGUUGCAGAUACAGCUAUGGAAGUGAUUUUAGCCUACUUUUAUUUGCCCCACAAGUAUUCGCUCCAACCUUCAAGAAUUUUAAGAACAGGAGAAGAUACUGUCAUACCCUUUUGAGAGCAAGUCGUAGAGAAUCUCCUUAUCAAGUUUUAGGCGUGUCUCCUUCUGCUACUCCUGAUGAAAUCAAAAGAGCUUAUAGGAAACUUGCUUUAAAGUAUCAUCCUGAUGUUAAUAAAGAGUCAAAUGCUCAGGAGAAAUUUAUGAGGAUUAAGCAUGCAUACAACACGUUGCUGAAUUCUGAAUCUCGGAGAAAGUAUGAUGCUGGAAACUCAUCUGGUUUUUCAUACUCUAGUGGCCAGAAAACACAAAGCUGGAAUACCCAAGAUGAAGAAGAUUUUUAUGGAUUUGGUAAUUUUUUGAGGGAUGUUCAGAUAACAAUAGGGGACUUCUUUAGGGAUCUGCAAGAAGAGUUCCAGAAUUGGGAAGCCAGCGCUCCAUCUGAAGGGAAGCCAAAGAGCCUGUGGGAAGAAUUGGCGGAAAUAGGGGAAGAAUUUGUGGAGUUCCUAGAGAAAGAGCUCAACAUAACAGAUACAGAAUUCGAAGGAAAUAAAAAUGACGGAUUUCAAAGAGAUGAUUUUUUUUCCAGUUCUAGCACAAAGAGAACAGGAAAUGGUGCUCGAAAUGAAGAUGGCAAGAGUAGCAGCAUCCAAGAUAACAUUGAUGAGAUUGAAGCUACUCUUGCUAAGUUGAAAAGGGAAUUGGGCUUAUAG